AAUCCCAGACACCAACCUUGUGCUCUGUGCUUUAUUGCCCUCAUUGCUCCCCCUGGCGGCGGGGACUGAAGAAGCAGUUGCAUUGUGGGAAGGCCUAGGCCGCAGGCUGCACAACUACCAUGGCGACCAACAUCGAGGAGAUCUUCCGCUCGUUUGUGGUGAAGAAGAUCAAGGAGAUAGAAGACGAGAAGCACCAGAGUGGAAAGGUGAUCAAUGAGGCAAAUGGUGAAAUUAAAUUGGAGGUGGAGCCAAAGGAAUCUGAAGUUGUGGCUGGUACCACUGUGGACACGCAGGAUGAACAGAUUGUAAACAGUAGUGAUCAUGCAUUAUCCAGCUUAGAUGAAAAGCAAAGUGAUAAUCCUGAUAAUAAAGAGAAUGUGACUGUGGACAGCAUAACAACAGAACAAGUUAAUUGCCCAGCUUUGGAUAACAAAGAAGAUAGUUCCGCUCCAGCAAAAAAAAGCAAAAAACAUAAACACAAGCACCACCACAAGCACAAAAGUAAGAAGAAAAAGAAGAGGAAAAAAGAUGAUAAGAAAAGAGACCACUCUAGGUCUCGGUCAAAAUCUCAGAUGAGUCUGAAGUCAGACUCUGACUUAAAAUUACAGCCACAAUCACAAUCAAAAUCCCACUCCAAAUCGCCUUUACACACUGAAUGUAGUAGCAGAGAGAAUGAAAAUUCUUCCCUUUUGAUGGAAUCAGGCAACACUGGGUCAAAUAAAAAUACAGUUGCUGAAGCAAUUGAUGUGAAUACAGUUGUACCAGUAGGAGUUGAGAAAGAAUGCUCAUUGGCUGAAAUUAAGCCAUUGCCACAGGACAAUUGUAACAUAGAUCAACAUGCAAAAGAGAACAGUGCUGUUGACACAAAUAAUGGUAUUGAAUCAGCUACUGCUGGAAAUGUUUCUGAACUAUUGACCGCAGUUUCAGCCUGUGAACAGGACCAAGCAUCUAGAUUGAGUCUUGAUAGAAGUUCAGACAAUGUACAGUCAAAAUCUACUCAGACUGUUGAAGAAAAAAAUAAACAUGAUCGACCUGAAGAAAGGAAAACAAAAAGAAGUCGGUCAAGAUCUCAUUCAAAGUCAACAAAACAUCACAAGUCCCAGUUGCAUUCCCACUCACAACGUUCUCCUGUAAGAAAAUCAUCUGCCAGCUCAAGUAGUAGACGACAUACAUCACGGAGUUCAUGUUCCAGAAAAAGGCCAUCACCAGCUCGACAUAGAUCAAAGUCAACUUCAAGGGAACGGAAGAAGCACACAGAAUCAUCCCCAAAGUCUAAAAGGAAAGCGUCUAGAUCUCGUUCUAUAGCAAAGAAAGAACAACGGUCAAAGUCAAAAUCUCGUUCUCCUUUACGGAUACACCAUAAAUCAAGGUCAAGCUCUAUAGCAAGGUCCAAAUGUCAGUCUAAGUCAAAACCACGACGCUGUUCUAGGUCCAGUUCACGUUCAAAGCGCAGGAGUAGGACUCGUUCAGGAUCUCCCCGGCGAUCAAAAUCCAGAGUAAAGCGAUCACCCUCGCCAAGACCCAGGUCGAGAUCCAACGACCGGGUAUGUCAUCGAUCAAGUUCUAGAGGAUACCUUAGUAGGCUUGUGAGGACACGGAGGUCACCUGAUUGGCGAAGGAGAUCCAGAUCUCCUUUAAGGAGAAAAAGCACCAGCAGAACGCCUGAACGUCUCACAGAUUUGGAUAAAGCACAGUUGCUAGAGAUAGCAAAAGCCAAUGCUGCAGCCAUGUGUGCCAAAGCUGGAAUGCCUCUGCCAGCAAACCUGAAACCUGUUGUGCCUCUUGUUAAAAAAGUUAUUACCAAAAAAAUGGGUUGUUCAUCAAUACAAGAACUCACAGAGAAAUGCAAGAAAAUAGUCGAGAGCAACGAUGAUAAUGAAUUGGGUAACAAACCACAUGUCUCUGAAGAGGAUGAACCAUUCAGUAAUCAACCAAUUAAAGUUAAUGAACUGAAACCCAUUUCUUUCAGCUUGAAUCAGAAUGCCACAGUGAAAGCAACAGCAAAAACCCAGGUGGCUCUGACUAAGGAGUUCCCAGUCUCCUCUGGUUCACAACACAGGAAGAAGGAGGUGCUGAAUGUUUAUGGACAGUGGGUUUCUGUGGAAAAAGACAGUAAGGAAACUACUGAUGAUGUCUUUCCAGAUGUCUGUUCUCAGGUUGUAGAUAUCUCUGCAACAAUGAGUGAGAGGGCAACAGCUCAGAAACGGCUUGUUAAGAAUCCAUAUGACGUGGAGGCUAUGUCAAUGAUACUCAGGGCACAGGAACAGAUUGAUGUGUGGGCUCAGGCAAACUCUCUGCCUGGUCAGUUCACAGGUAGUACUGGAGCUCAAGUCUUGACCUAUGAGGAAUUAACACACAGUGGUCCUCAAGCCUGGAUCAGGAAGGAUCAGUUCCUGAGAGCUGCACCUUUAACUGGAGGAAUGGGAGCACAAUUGAUGCAAAAAAUGGGAUGGAGAGAAGGAGAAGGACUGGGAAAAAACAAAAAUGGACCAGUAGAACCUAUUGUUGUUGACUUCAAGACUGACCGUAAAGGUCUGGUAGCAGAAGGAGAGAAAACACAGAAGAAAUUUGGAAAUUUUCCCAUAAUGAAGGACUUAUCAGGAAAACACCCGGUUUCUGCUUUGAUGGAAAUUUGUAACAAGAGAAAAUGGCCACCACCUGAUUUUUUGAUGGUUCGUGACAGUGGCCCAGAUCACUGUAAACAUUUUCUGUUUAAGGUGAUGAUCAAUGGCACAGAGUACAAGCCCAGCCUCGCCAGUCCCAAUAAGAAGCAUGCUAAAGCCUCAGCAGCCACUAUUGCUCUACAGGCCAUGGGGCUUGUUCCAAAGGAGGGUGCUGCUUCAGCCACAAGUUUUAAGAAUGCCUCAGAUGACACUACAUAA